AGUUCCUUAAAAGCCCAUGUUUCUUUUAUAUUAUUUAUUUCGCAAUCGAACCUAAUUAAUUCAUACAAAUAACAAGCUCAUGUAUCUCUUGCAGGUUCGAAUAACGGUAUUGGAUAAAAACGACAGUCCGCCUUCUUUCAAAGAAACCUCUCUCAAAUUCUCCGUAUCGGAAGACUUAAGUCCAGGUCAGCCGGUGUCCACAAUUAGUGCCGAUGAUCCUGACACUAUCGGCACAUUGGAGUACACACUCCUGCCAGGACACGAAGGCCAUUUUUCGCUCAAUAAAUCGACCGGUGUGCUCAAACUUGCCGAACCACUGGAUAGAGAAACGAAGGAAUUGUACAAGCUGUCGGUCAGAGCAAGCGAUGGCAUCCAAUACACUGACGCGAUAAUAACAAUACAGGUUACCGAUACAAACGACAAUACACCUGUAUUUUCCGAGAGCGCGUACUCUUUCGACAUUCCAGAGAAUGCUGGAAGAGGAUCUAAAGUGGGUCAGAUCAAAGCUACUGAUCCCGAUUUAGGAAUUAACGCUCAAGUUACCUACACAGUUAUUAGCGACUGGGCAAACGAUAUUUUCUCUUUGAAUCCUCAAACUGGAGUGUUUACACUCACUGCAAGAUUAGAUUACGAAGAAGUUACCGAUACAAACGACAAUACACCUGUAUUUUCCGAGAGCGCGUACUCUUUCGACAUUCCAGAGAAUGCUGGAAGAGGAUCUAAAGUGGGUCAGAUCAAAGCUACUGAUCCCGAUUUAGGAAUUAACGCUCAAGUUACCUACACAGUUAUUAGCGACUGGGCAAACGAUAUUUUCUCUUUGAAUCCUCAAACUGGAGUGUUUACACUCACUGCAAGAUUAGAUUACGAAGAAGUUCAACAUUAUAUUCUGGUAGUACAAGCUCAAGAUGCUGGUCACCCGCCUUUGUCAAGCACCGUAACUAUUUAUUGCAACGUUUUGGAUUUAAAUGACAAUGCACCUUUAUUUGAUCCCAUGUCGUACAGCAACGAAAUUUUUGAAAAUGUUUCCAUUUCUACCGCAGUUGUUACUGUCAGCGCUACAGAUAUGGAUUCGGGUGAGUUAUAG